UCUCACCUGCGCAAAAUCACUCCGACAAGCGCUAAAGCAAAGCAAUCACAGCUUUCAAAAAUUCAUAUAUACAUGCUUAUAACUGAUAUAACUGCUUUGUUUCGUAUCACCGCAUGAUUUUCAUGGAGUUGCACGACAAAUGUAGUCGUUUUCCUCUGUAGCGCGGAAAUAGUAGAAAAUACGGCUGCAUUUGGCUAGGUAUUUUCACGUCAACUUGGCAACUCCUCAGUCUCAGAUUUUGGUUUUUAAAAGCGUUCUUUAAUCGUGAGUUGCCAGUUAUUAUUGUGUUUUUUUUUCCAGAAGUGCGUAGCCUGUCUCGUCUUCAGCAAUGCAUAUAGAUAAUGGAUAUUGCUAUUCCAGGGCCCCAGUUCCAGACCUCAUGGCGAUGGAUUAAUUACCGUCCUUCCGCAGAAUCGCACCGUUUUCUGGACAUCUCAUGGACACAGGAGGUAACAGGAAGGCAAAUAAACAAACAAACAAUGGAACAUACUGGGAUAGAAGAAGCGAACCAGACGCAUCAACAGCACGAACCCAUUAGUUUUGGAAUAGAUCAAAUUCUGAACAAUACGGAGCAGCCGAGUAGCUGUAUGGUACCGAAUCGAACCAGCGAAGCAGACUAUCAGCUGGCCUCCAAUGUCUACGCGAACGGCUACAACAGCGUGUACAACCCCGCAUGCUCCAUGGCAGCCGGACUUGCGGGCUCCUACAAUGUGAACAUGAACAUGAACGUAAGCAUGAACAUGAACGUCAACGUGAACUCGGGGAAUUCUGGAGGCGUAAUUCGGGUUCCGGCCCACAGACCGAUGCCGCCGACGCCCCAUCCGCCUCCCGCGACGCAUCCACCGGGCAUCUCGGCGGGCAUGCCCACGGUGCCCACUGUCCCCAGCAUGGGGAACGUGGCGAACUUUACGUUUCCAUGGAUGGAGAGCAGUAGGAGAUUCGCAAAAGACAGGCUGACGGCGGAGCAGGCAGUGGACGGACAAGCAGGAGGCCCAGGAGGGAGCCUCCACCCUGAGCCCGAGGGCGAGAUCAGCAGAGCCUCUACCUGGGGCUCUGUGGAAGCUUUAGCCAAACAGUAUUACCCUGAUCUCGCCGUGCUGCGAGAUGCUAGUCCGCUCCUGGACUACCCCUUUCUCAAGGGCGUUUGCCCAGCGGCCCUCUCGCCGUUCUCCGUGACCCGAAGGAUUGGCCACCCCUAUCAGAACCGGACGCCCCCCAAGAGGAAAAAGCCUCGCACCUCCUUCAGCCGCGUGCAGAUCUGUGAGCUGGAGAAGCGCUUCCACCGGCAGAAAUACCUGGCAUCCGCCGAGCGCGCCACACUGGCCAAAGCUCUCAAGAUGACCGACGCCCAGGUGAAGACCUGGUUCCAGAACAGGAGGACAAAAUGGCGGAGGCAGACAGCAGAAGAACGGGAGGCAGAGAGGCAGCAGGCUAAUCGGCUGAUGCUGCAGCUCCAGCAGGAAGCAUUCCAGAAAACCUUGAGCCAGCCCUUGCAGCAGGACCCUCUGUGCCUGCACAACUCAUCCCUCUACGCCCUGCAGAACCUACAGCCCUGGGCGGAGGACAACAAGCGGUCUGUCUAGCCGAGGGAGGAGCUUUGUCCUCAUCACCAGGGAAAUUUGACACGUCCGAUAGAUGCUCGUCACCAAGCCCCGCCUCCCUGUCAGUCAACACUUGCCAGAAGACUGAAAUACUAACUCUGGCCCACUGCAAAGUGUUCCGUUUGUUUCCUUGAGCAUUAGUUUUGUUACUUUGUUAUUUUUUUUUGGAGGCGUGUACAAUGCAUGAUAUUAUUUUGUGUGAGCUUGGAACUGCCAGUAAAGUCGAUGGCCGUGUGGACGUAGUCAUCAUUGAAACCUUUGUGCGGUUUACAGACAUUGGCUUUUUCUACAGUCACCUCAGAUUCACCGUGACAAACCGUCUAAGGUUUUUUUUUUAUAUCCAAAACUUUGAGAUUCUAUCCAAGCCUUAUUGUAUUCACUUUCUUAUGUCUUUGUUGUUCCCCCAGAAGAAAGAUAUUAUAGGUGUUUCCUACCCACCCACACACUGUCGUAAGCUGAUGCAACAGUUUAAAAAAAAAAAACACUCCAGUCUUGUUUGUGUAAAACACUCUGUACGUCUCCUUAUAUACAAACACAAAGUUAUCGAGGUAGAUCGGACCUUUAUCGGAAAGUCGCGUUGAUGUCUUUGACCCAUUUUGGCCAGCAGGGAUUUGUUAAAAUGAAAAAAAAAACGUAGUUCCUGGAGACUCGUACCACUGUACAUCACCAUGCUGACUAGCUGUACUACUCUGUAAGCUGCAGGAGCUCGAUGGGAAGGGAAGGAGGUGCUCUGAUGUUGUUUACAAAGAGGAGUUUCCCGGUGCCACACGUUAGAGAGCGUAAACACCUUAUUGUCCCAGCUUAACGUAAGGGCCAUCACGGUUAGUCAUAACAGAAACGCCAUAGCUGAAUGUCGGAAAACAUCUUUAUCUGGGCUAAUCUCUCGGGGGGGCGGGGUGAAGGGCGCACAGUGCUUGUUCAUCAGCAGUGCGUGCAGAAGCUUUCAAGCAACGAAAUGAGGCUUCACGCUCAUCAGCACUAAUCAGCGACGCAUGGCAGACGCCGGUAGGAAGUACGACGGUUUAGGUCUGAAAAUAAACAACGGGGCCAGCCAAUCAGUGGCCCUUUCUCCUAGCUGAGGGUCCCCAUUUGCUCUCGGAGGGAUGGUCUCCAUAUCAGUAACGUGUAUUUUCUAACGUGAACACAGUGAUUAAAUAUCUUGUGCAAGUUAAUCGAACAUUUUCUUUUCGUGAUAUCCAGCACUUCCUCAAAGGCCACUGAUGUUCAACAGACUAUUGAAAUCUGGGGGAAAAAAAUUGACAUUUUAUACUUUCAGUUGACUUCCAAAACAACUGUUUAUCAUGUUUUUGCAUUUUCACUUACCUAGGACUUCCGCAUAUAAAAAGGAAAAUAUUUAUUCACUUUUAAAUAAAGAUUAAUAUAUGGACUUUGAAAUCCCUCAUCACACUAGCAUGCCUUACUAAUUAAUUUUAAUUUUUGAUUAUUGUUUUUUGUAUUUUUAAAUUUAUAUUAUGUUCCACUGGAUCGUUUUAUGUUGAAUAUAACCUCGUGGCAAGUCUGCUGUUCUCAACGAUCAUUGUAUCUUACUCAGAAGAACAGGCCUGCCAUGUUUUAUGAUUUAUAAAUAAAGGAGAUGGCUUCUCCUGUGCUUU